AUGGCCCAUUUCCAAUCGGCCCACGGCGGCGGACGAUGCGUCGAGAUUGUCAGCGGCAAACGCUACGGAGGAGACGGCAGCUGUCAGAUCUACGGCUCGCCCAAUCUGGCUACAUCUACGAACCGGGUUGGGUCGGCAGCAGCGGCUGCGAAACCCUGGCGGUUCGGCGACCCGGAGGGGAAACGGAGGAAGAGGAUCGCCAAGUAUAAAGUUUAUACGGUCGAAGGGAAGGUGAAGGAUUCGCUGCGGAAGGGCCUACAGUGGAUUAAGACCAAAUGCUCCCGGAUCGUCCAUGGAUAUUGA